AUGGACCCUCAGAAGAUAUCGGCCAUCCUGGAUUGGCUUCCACCCAUGGACAGGAAGGGUGUGCAGCGCUUCGUGGGCUUCGCAAACUUUUAUCGGAGAUUCAUUCGGGAUUUUUCCAAGAUCGUCCUGCCUAUCACACAGUUAACCAGGAAACUGAGUCGUUUUCAGUGGUCUCAAGAGGCCCAAGCAGCCUUUACUCAGCUCAAGCUACAAUUCACGUCCGCCCCGAUCCUGAGGCAUCCAGACCCCGAGCUGCCGUAUGUCCUGGAAGUGGACGCCUCAGAAGCUGCAGUUGGGGCUGUUCUGUCACAACGUCAGGGCUUGAAAAGCCUCCUGCACCCCGUAGCAUAUUUUUCCAGGAAACUGAGUGUGGCUGAAAGGAAUUAUGAUGUCGGAGACCAGGAACUUCUAGCCAUUAAAUUGGCACUAGAAGAGUGCAAGACGUAUCCAUAUCUCCAUAUCACGUUCCGCCCUGGGUCACGCAAAGGGAAAGCGGACGCAUUGUCCCGUAUCUACACGGCACCAGAAACUCUGGAGAGACCGGAAACCAUCCUGCCAGCAACCCAAUUCCUGUUGUUACAGCCUGACCUUGUUUCCCACAUCCAGCAGGCAUCCAGGAUUUCACCGCCCUCGGACGAAUCAGGAAUGUCCCAGCAAGACGGAGUUUAUUUCCAUGAGGAUAGGAUCUUCGUGCCCUCUAGUGCCCGCACAGCGGUCCUGGGGCACUGCCACGAUGCACCACUGGCUGGUCAUUUCGGAGCCCGCAAAACCACAGACCUGGUACGACAGACAUUUUGGUGGCCUUCACUGGCAACGGACUGCCUACAAUACGUGGCGGCCUGCCCUCGCUGUGCCCGCAACAAGGGAUGUUCUUCCCCAGCCUGGGGCCUACUACGGCCACUCCCGAUUCCGUCCCGUCUUUGGACUGCCAUCUCCAUGGAUUUUAUUGUGGAUCUUCUGCCUUCCGAAUGCUGCACGGCCAUUUUCGUGGUGGUUGACCGCCUAUUCAAGAUGGCCCACUUCGUUCCAUUACAGAAGGUUCCCACGGCCGAGAUCCUAGCCCGCACAUUCAUCCGGGAGGUUGUGUGUCUUCAUGGGGUCCCCACCGACGUAGUCUCUGACAUAGGGUUGCAAAUCACCUCUAAGUUCUGGAAAGCUUUGUGUACAGCCCUGGGCAUCCAUCUGAGUUUCUCAUCAGCUUACCAUCCUCAGACCAAUGCAGAGUUUGCAUACAAUAAUGCCAGGCAUUCCACCACGGUCCAGUCACCUUUCUUCUCCAACUACGGCUUCCACCCAGCCUGUGUACCCACCCGGAAACUGGAUUCUGCAGUCCCCGCUGCCCAAAAGACAGUGGACUUCCUCCACUCCAAUGUCAUCCUGCUCCAACGGGCCAUUUCCAAGGCCCAGGAUGCGGCCAAGGGCGCUUAUGAUCGUUCCCGCAGAGGGGAUUUAACCUUACAACCCGGAGACCUAGUGUGGCUGUCUACUCGAAACCUCAAACUGGCCUGUCCUUCCAGAAAAUUGGGACCCCGUUAUAUUGGGCCUUUUCCGGUGGAACGCCAAAUGAAUCCGGCAUCCUACCGCCUGACCCUCCCACCAAUCUAUCCGAUCCACCCUGUCUUCCACAUCUCUAUAUUGAAGCCAGUCCAGCCGGACGUUUUUUCAGACCGCUCCUCAGACAUUCCAAAUCCUGUGCUAAUAGAUGGAGAAGAGGAAUACGAGGUGGAAGCGAUCCUGGACUUUCGCAGGCGUAGGGGCACUGGCCAGUUCCUCAUCAAGUGGAAAGGCUACGGUAUGGAAGAAAACUCCUGGGAACCCGUGUCCGCGAUCCACGCCCCACGACUCAUCCGGAUCUUUUUACUGAACAACCCAAGCAAAGCCCAUCUGAUGGGCGCCCGGAGGCCGCCCCUUAGGGGGGGCCAUGUCGGGUCCCGAUUGAAUGCAAAGGAAGUUUUCUCUGCAAUUAUUGGUGAUGGCUACCAGCAUAGCAAAUCAGGUGUGCUGAAAGAGUUUGGGCACAAUUUGCUUCAAGACAGCGUCGUACAAGCAAAGCGUUUAGUCGAUAAGGCGUACACAGACACUCGUAACAACCUGAAGGUACGAUUAAAAAGAGAAAUUGUGAGUCCUGCUGAUAUAAUGGGGUUUUUCAAGCAACCCGUUGCAUUAAGUAGAAACCGCAUAAGAGCUGCUGAUUACAUGGAUGUCACCCUCAAGCUUAUCGCUGAAAAACUGAAAUACAUCUAUCCAGGGCCAUUCAAUAUAUCAGAUGUGCUGACUGCUGAGCAGAAGGAAAUCCUUACUGAACUGACAGGAUGCGCAUACAAGUUCCUACCUAAAGUCUGCUCCCUUUCUCCGUACCGCACUAUCAAUGCAGAAUGUAAUAAUAGGAGGAACCCAAUUCUUGGUGCUUCAAACACAGGUUACAAACGUCUCCUUCCACCAGAGUAUGAAGAUGGUAUUUCCCUACCCAGAGGCUGGACAGAAAAUCGAACUAUCAAUGGAUUCCCUCUGCCCAAGGCACGUGCAGUAUCAAAUCAGAUUGUCAGCUACCAAAAAAACGCACAGAUUGAGGAUACAGACAGAGCUCUCAUGUUUAUGCAAUGGGGACAGUUCCUGGAUCAUGACACAGAUCUUUCUCCUGAUACCCCAUCAAGAUCAGCAUUCAUUGAAGGUGUAGACUGUGACAGCAGCUGUGCCAUGGCACAUCCUUGUUUUCCUCUGACGAUUCCAGCAAAUGACCCUAGGAUUAAAAACCAGAGUGACUGUAUUCCGCUUUUCCGCUCAGCACCCGUGUGCAAUAUCGUCACUCCUUUAAGGGAGCAGAUAAAUGUCCUGACGUCGUAUGUUGAUGGAAGUCAAGUGUAUGGCAGUGACAUGGCUGUUGCCACCAAGCUUCGUAACACUACCAACAAUCUGGGGCUAUUGGCUGUGAACCAAAAUUAUACAGACAAUGGCCAACCAUUUCUACCAUUUACUGGAAAUAAUGGAGACCUAUGUACCAGGACAAACACGUCAGCUGGAAUUCCUUGUUUCUUGGCAGGAGAUGCUCGUGUGAGUGAACAGCCUGGUCUUGCAAUGUUCCACACACUCUUUCUUCGUGAACAUAACCGCAUUGUCACUAAGCUCCAUGAAUUAAACCCUCAUUGGUCUGGGGAGAGGCUAUACCAAGAGACCCGCAAGAUCAUAGGCAGCAUAUUACAGAAAAUAACGUACAAGGAUUGGCUUCCCCUCUUGUUGGGCAGUGAGAUGUCCCAUGUUCUACCUGCAUAUACAUAUUAUGAUGAUGAAGAGGACCCAAGAGUAUCAAAUGUAUUUACCAUUGCUUUUCGUAUGGGGCACACUAUGGUGCAUCCAUUGGUUUACCGUGUAGGAGAUAAAUAUAAACCCCAUCAAACAAACCCUACUGUCCCCCUUCAUCAGACUUUCUUUGCCACAUGGAGGAUAGUGAAUGAAGGUGGAAUCGACCCUUUUCUCCGGGGUAUGUUGGCCAAUUUUGCCAAACUGAACCGUCAGAAUCAGAUGGUGGAUGAUGAGUUGAGGGAACGUCUGUUUAAGAUGGUGCAGCGUAUUGGUCUCGAUCUAGCUGCAAUUAAUAUACAAAGAGGACGAGAACAUGGCCUGCCAGGAUAUAACGCAUGGAGAAGAUUUUGUGGCCUUCCUGCCCCAAAAAAUCUGGAUGAGUUGGCCACUGUGUUAAGUAAUAAGUCACUGGCCAAAAAAUUAUUAGAGCUGUAUGGAACUCCUGAAAACAUAGACAUCUGGAUUGGAGGAGUCUCUGAGCCCUUGGUGCCAGGUGGAAGAACUGGAAAGCUCCUGGCUUGUCUUAUUGGAGACCAAUUCCGGAGGACUCGAGAUGGAGACAGGUUUUACUAUGAGAAUGAUUUAGUUCUCAGCCCAGCUCAGAAAAGUUCCAUAGAAAAAGUGACCAUGUCCCAUAUUAUCUGUGGCAAUACAAACAUCACCGAGGUCCCUCUACAUGUCUUCUUGGGGAAUCGGUACCCUAUGGAUUUUGUUUCAUGUUCCAGUAUCCCACAACUAGACCUCAGCCCAUGGAAGGAGAUCUCUGAAUAUGAUUAA